UCAUCCGACUAUCGAUACGAUGGAAAAUCAUCGUCGAGACGUUAUGAACGAACCAUUAUACUUCAUCGAAGGUUUUUCUUUCAAUGAAUAGGCUCAAGUCCGUUCAAUUCCCAUAAAUGCGUCAGAUUGUUGUACCGUCGGAAGAUCCUUUGUCGCUCGAUGGAUCGCGGUAUGUCGUCCUAAUUCCGCGAAAGAUUAGGAUCAACGAGUGAACAGUGAGAUAUGUUCAUGAGAGAAACCCUUGACAAAAUCUAUCGAAUAACCUGCAUCUCUUGACAUCUACUUGGUGUCGAUCGGUUUAUCGUUACGGUCUGUGCGAUUGUUCCCGUACCGUUUGAGAAAGAAACUCACCGACAUCGUGGUGUUCGCGAUGAUGCGGCAGGAAAUAACCCUGGCGAAGCCGGCACGAAAGAAACGGAACGUCGAUGCACCUAUUGACGAAUGAUUUUCAAGAAUUCCAUGAAACAAUAGUCUUUAGCGAGUUUCGUACUGUUCACGGAUUUGUCUACUUGCCAUAGAUAUAUCGAUGUUCUUGGAGAAUCAUUCUUGAAGUAUUAUAGUUAUACAUGAAAUGGGUAGUGCUUGGUGGCAGUGCGCUGCAUGUUUGAGAGCACAGGAAGAAGAUAUUUGUGAGUUGCAUUUGAGUCACUGUAAUCUUUAUGAUGUACCACCUGACGUGUUCAUUUAUGAAAGAACAUUAGAGAAGCUGUAUCUGGAUGCCAAUAGAAUAAAGGAUCUUCCACGGCCACUGUUUCAGUGCCAUGAAUUGCGAGUACUUUCCCUUAGUGAUAAUGAAGUCACCACGUUACCACCCGCCAUAGCGUCAUUAAUCAACCUGGAAUAUUUAGAUCUUAGUAAAAAUAGUAUUAAAGAAUUACCAGAUAGUAUAAAAGAAUGUAAAAAUCUUCGUUCUAUAGAUAUCAGUGUUAAUCCUUUUGAACGUUUCCCAGAUGCUAUUACACAUAUUGUUGGGUUACGAGAAUUAUAUAUAAACGAUGCAUACAUAGAAUAUCUACCAGCAAAUUUUGGAAGACUCUCUGCUCUGCUGACAUUGGAGCUUAGAGAGAAUAAUAUGAUGACAUUGCCAAAGAGUAUGAGCCGUUUAAUAAAUUUGCAGAGACUUGACAUUGGUAAUAAUGAUUUCACUGAAUUGCCUGAAGUUGUUGGGGAUCUUAUCAACCUCACCGAAUUGUGGAUAGAUGGCAAUGAUAUUAGACGUAUACCAGUUAAUGUCAAUCAACUUUAUCGUUUGAACCACUUUGAUUGCACAAUGAAUGCAAUUCAUAUUAUUCCAUCGGAAGUAGAAGGCUGGAGAGAUAUUUCGAUUAUGCAUCUUUCUUCGAAUGAAAUUUACCAGUUACCAGAUUCCCUUUGCUAUCUACGUACAAUUGUGACCCUCAAAGUUGAUGACAAUCAAUUGAAUGCACUGCCAAAUGACAUUGGACAGAUGUCAAGCUUAGAGGAGCUUAUAGUUACUAAGAACUUCCUUGAAUAUUUACCGUCGUCCAUAGGACUUUUGCGAAAAUUACACUGUUUAAAUGCAGACAAUAACUAUUUGAGAUGCCUUCCACCAGAAAUUGGAAGUUGCACUGCAUUAUCACUGCUUUCGUUGCGAUCAAACAAUCUAACGCGGAUUCCACCUGAACUGGGUCAUUUAUCCUCAUUAAGGGUCCUCAAUCUUGUGAACAACUGUAUUAAAUAUUUGCCUGUGUCUAUGUUGAACUUGAACAAUUUGAAAGCUUUAUGGCUGAGCGACAAUCAAAGUCAACCAUUGGUGCCACUACAACAGGAAUUCAAUUGCGAGGAAGAUAUGAUGGUGCUAAGUUGUUUUAUGCUUCCACAAAAACCACGACAGGAACUCGAACAAAUACCGCCGGCUGUAGGAUUAAUUUCGAGUUCAAUUGUUGGUACUGGAAAAAGGAUAUGUUUUGCUGCUGAGGUAGAAUCCGAAAUCCCUAGGCAACUUCAUCGAGCACCAACUCCCUACCCUAAAGAGCUGCGCAACCUUGCUAGGCAUGCCCGCAAUUUACAGCAUCAAUCAGCUCACGAUCAAAGAAUGCAUUUAGAACAGGAGACUAUGAUCAAAGAAGCUAUUAUUGCAAAAGCUACUACUACUCUGGACCUUGCUUCAAAAACUGGAACCUGCUUUCCGCAAAGUUUAUUUAAUAAGGGUUCACAUUCUUCACUUUCACCUACUGAACGUCAUGUAUCAAAAGGGUACAAGAACGGUAGUCUUACGGAUGUUGGAACAGAGCAAUCCGUGUCAGAGGAAUCCUCUGACGAAGCAAAUAAAACAGUACUUGCGAAGGAAAAGAGUCCCGAUAUUCGAGAAGCGAAAUAUAUUCGUAAUCCCACGUCCGAGUAUCUUUCUAAGCCUCCGACAGUAGCAGAUUAUGUAAAUUCUACUUGGAAACCAGACGAAUACUCGAAAGCGAAUACAGCAAAAAUUGUAGAAUCCGAAAAGUUUGCUGUAGGUAGUAAUAACACCGAUCAAAUUCACGUUCAAACCCCAAAAAUAAAUGAAGUUCCACCCGUCCCACCACCGUAUCACAUUGCUGCUGCUUUUUCGAAGAAGGCAGCACUUUUCCAACAGUUGACUCACUCAGGUCAAUCGGACACAUCAACUAUCGUCUCUCCUCAAAUCGAUAUCGACAUAUCAAAUUCAAACACACCUCAGGAAACUCAAAUGCAAAAUUACGAUGGAAAUGAAGAAUCAUUUAAAGCGGAAGAGUACGUGCGUUUGUGUAGUGAAACAUUUUCGUCGGACAAUGUGGAUGUAACAAACGUUUUAUUUAACAACGGGGAAACAAGUUUUUCAAAUACACCAGAUAAAACUAACGUGUUGACAGAACCGAGUGAUGCAGAACAAUCUUUUGAAGGGGAUCGAUCGUUGAAGCCAAGUCGAAUUCCGGUUUUGAAGGCGAAACAUUUAGAAAUCACGAAUUCUGUUUCGAGUAUCGAUCUAUCGAAGAAAUGUACGAACUCUUCCGUCGAGGAUUACGAAACUUUAAAAAUAAUAAACGCAUCAUGCAUACCCACAUCGCCGGUGACUGGAAAAAAGUAUCGAAGUCCGAUCUCUACGCAACCGAAACUUUCAGAUCGAUCGAAGAAAGCAGCGAACGGAACUAUCUUGAACAACAAUACCUCGUGCGAUAAUUUAGCGUCGUUAAACACACUGAAUUUGAACCUGGUUGCAAAUUUGAACACAGAUGGUCAAGAUACGAUUUCGAAAAGCAUUUCUAACGAAAUGACGAACAUGAACAGUCCUACGAGCAUAAAGAACGAAAGUAACUCCGGUCGAAGCACGCCAGUUUCUAUUAAUAAUAAAUCUUUGAGCGAGGUGGACAAUUCUAACGCUAACAAGAAUAAAGUUGCCGGAAUGAAUGAAUUGCUAAAUAUGGAAAGAAAACCGAGAUUUAAGUGGAUGUUUGGCCCACACAAAAACGCUAAUGUAUUGCCUGUUCAAGUUAAAAAAAAUCCAGGCCUUGGUUUUAGCAUAGCCGGCGGAGUGGCAGGCGCAGAAACUGGAAUUAUUGUGACUAAAGUUAAUCCGGACGGUCCAGCUCAAGGUACACUUCGACCAGGAGAUAAGAUUUUAGAAGUGGAUGGUAUAGACUUCACCAAAUCUGACCACAAUAAUGCUGUGGCUGUUCUUCGAGCUACCGGUGCAGUGGUGUCCAUGAUGAUCAGCCGUCAUCAAUGACAUCAAGUUAAUGGACAAAUUGUUUUCUUGUCACAUACUAUCGGUUCAUGUGAUUCAGACUGAUUACAUUUUACGUAAGUCUUUUAGUGUAUAUAUUUUUUUAUAAUCGACAUUGAUGAAAACGCACGAAAACGCAGGAAUUUUUAUUUUGUUUGCUUCGAACGCUUGUUUUCACGGUAGUAGAUCGUGCUCUUUCCGACUCUAUCGAGCGACUGAUUUGUACGACUGAAACAGCGUUACCAAAGGUGAAAGUGGAGAUACUUAUUUGAGGAAAAAACAAAUAAUUUCUGGCUUCCAGUGAUCAUGCUACUUAUAAAUGCGACAACUUCAGAAAAUAAAAAUGCAAUAACAGAUUUCAAAUAUAAGAAUUCGAUGGCUAGGCUAUACCGUAGAUUAUGCGCGCGUUCCCUUGCACAAUUAUCGUUUGAAAUGUAAUGUACAAGAGGUAUUUUUAAGAUGAUAUUUCUUCAUGGGCAAAUUCACAGCUCACUCGUAUUAUUUGCCCACGUAAGUAACGUAAGAUAGUAAGCUAUUUAGUGAACAAUUAGGGUAAUAAGUUUUCUUUCCCUAAAUUUCUAACUCCAUAAACAUAUACUUAUGUUGUUUUGUGGUGUUUGUUGUAUUUGUGUCAACUCAUUUGUUCUCUUUGCGGAGGGCUGACAAUGUGCCAGAAACAAAAUACUAUUUAUUAAUUAUAUAUAUAUAUAUAAAAAAUAACUAUAUAAAAAUGAA